AUGUCCGAACAAGCGAAAACAUUCAACGGCUGGGUCGCCCACGACGCCACAAAUCCUCUGACAUUUACAACUUUCACGCCGAAGCCCUUCACAGAAACCGACGUCGAGAUCCGCGUCACACACUGCGGAAUCUGUGGGACAGAUGUGCAUACCCUCCGUUCCGGCUGGGCUCCAACCGACUAUCCCUGUGUCGUCGGCCACGAAAUCGUCGGAAUAGUGGAGCGCAUUGGAUCCAGUGUCCCGACUCUCGCUUCUUCAGUCGCAUCCCGAGAAAUCCAAGUUGGUGAUCGCGUCGGCGUUGGUGCGCAGAGUGGCUCUUGUCUUAAGGCGGAUUGUGACGCCUGCGCGGAUGGCCAGGAGAGCUAUUGUACCCGCAUGACCGGAACCUAUAACGGGCGUUAUGCGGAUAAGAGUAAAUCGUAUGGAGGAUUUGCCGAGCGAUGGCGUGGACCGGCGCAUUUCGUCUUCAAGAUUCCGGAUGCUCUGCCCUCGGCUGAGGCGGCGCCUUUGCUUUGUGGCGGUGUGACUGUUUUCGCGCCGCUGAAGAAGUAUGGUGUUGGCCCUGGAAAGAAGGUCGGGAUUAUUGGUAUUGGAGGAUUGGGCCAUGUCGGUGUUCUGUUCGCGAAGGCGCUGGGAGCUGAUCGCGUCGUAGCGAUCUCACGAUCAUCGAGCAAGAAGGCGGAUGCCAUCCAGGGUCUUGGUGCGGAUGCUUUCAUUGCAACCGGGGAAGAAAAGGGGUGGGCGAAGACUCAUUCUCGAUCUCUGGAUGUGAUUAUUUCGACUGUUUCGGGUCCGGAUAUGCCGCUUGCCCAGUAUUUGCGACUUCUGAAGAGGGAAGGUGUUUUUGUGCAGGUUGGCGCGCCCGAAGACCCUUUGCCCCCUUUAGCUGCUUUCUCGUUGAUCCAAAAAGGGGUUAAGAUUACUGGUUCCAAUAUUGGCUCGCCGGAGGAUAUUCGUCAGAUGUUGAGUUUGGCGGCGGAGAAGAGGGUGUUACCCUGGAUUCAGCAGAGGCCGAUGGAGGAUGUGAAUGCCGCCCUGGUCGAUAUGCAUGAUGGAAAGGCGAGGUAUCGGUAUGUGCUGCAGAACGGGGCGAAGCAGGCUAAAUUGUGA